CAAAAACUUGGGGGUUUUGUAAUUUCGUUGCUGCCUUCAUGGCGAGUUUCGUUUCUCUGAGCUUCUCCGUUCCACAGGUCAUUUUCAAGGAAAUGCCACCAUGGAAACUGGCUAAAGUCACAGUAGUUCCAAGGCGAGCUGGAACAGCUUCGAAGUUUGUGCUAUCCUGUUGCACAAAUAAAUCCAUAUCUAAUUGGGAAAACUGCCAUCCAGUACGGUUAACUUCAAGACCUUUUUGGGGAAUAGUUUCUUCUAGUUCCAGGAAUUUGGUAUUAGCUGGCUACUGGGUAGGACCUGAUGUUGAUGACGGAUGGGGAUAUAUAGAAGCUUUUGUUGAUCGGAUUACUUAACUAUUCAAACUUUGAAUUCCACUUCUUGAUUUUCUUUUGUUUACUAUGUCUGAUCUUAGUCGAAUGCAUCAGUCACUUGCUUUCUCCAAAAUAUCU